ACUCGUACUUUUCCUUCCACCUAUCUAGUUAAGUUUCUUCCCCCCUCUCUCUCUCUCUCUCUCUCUCUCUCUCUCUCUAUCUAUAGAAUUGUUGAUAGGAAAAAGAAGAAAAAAAAUGGGGAAAGUGGUGUCAGAUCCUCUGGAGGUCGGGAGAGUGAUAGGAGAUGUGGUGGACAGCUUCAACCCGAGUGUGAAGAUGGCUGUCACUUACAACUCCACAAAGCAGCAGCAGCAGCAGCAGGUCUUCAAUGGCCAUGAGCUCUUCCCUUCUGCUCUCACUCUCAAGCCCAAGGUCGAGGUUCUUGGUGGUGACCUCAGGUCCUUCUUCACCCUGGUGAUGACAGACCCAGAUGUCCCUGGGCCAAGUGAUCCUUACCUCAGAGAACACUUGCACUGGGUUGUGACUGAUAUCCCAGGCACCACUGAUGCAACAUUUGGGAAGGAAGUGGUGAGCUAUGAGAUGCCGAGGCCCAACAUUGGGAUCCACAGGUACGUGUUCCUGCUGUUCAAGCAGAGGUCCAGGGGCCAAACGACGUCGUUUUCGGGCUCCAGGGACAACUUCACCACCAGGAAGUUUGCUCGGGACAAUCAGCUCGGCCUCCCCGUGGCUGCCGUCUUCUUCAACGCUCAGCGCGAGACUGCUGCCAGGCGCCGCUAGCCAACUAUCCACAACAAGAAGAAGAAGAAGAAGAAGAAGAAGAAGAAGAAGAAGAAGAAGAAGAAGAAGAAGAAGAAGAAGAAGAACGUAUAUCAUGGUCAUUAUAUUAUAUGAAGAAGAAGAAUAUUCAUACGAUCGAGUAUAUGGUUUGUUUACGGUGUUGUGCUUUUUUCUCAUUAACAAAGGUGCAUAUAUGCCGUGCACUUUGAUCUGCUGCAAUAUUGAUA